UUCUCUUCAUCACAUAAUAUAGCAUCAUUCACUUCCCAAUUCCAAAUCAAAAAACACAAAACAAACACCAAUUUUAUAAAACAAAAAGAAAACUUAUAUUUCUAUUUUAUUACAAAAUAAAAUAAAAAUGGUUUUGUCAUGGACAAAAAGAAACAUGUUCCGCCGUACCCACAAGGCAAAACAACAACUUCCCGGCGGCGAUUUACCGGUGGAGGAGAUUACAAUCCCGACCCAUUUCCGGUGUCCGGUGAGUCUAGACUUAAUGAAAGAUCCAGUUACUUUACCGACCGGAAUCACCUACGACAGAACAAGCAUCGAGAAAUGGAUCGAAUCUGGUAACAAAACUUGCCCAGUUACAAAUCAGAAUCUCACAACCUUUGAAAUCACACCCAACCACACCAUUCGUAAAAUGAUUCAGAAUUGGUGCGUUGAAAACAGUUCUUACGGGAUUGAAAGAAUCCCAACUCCUCGUAUACCAAUUUCGAGCUACGAGGUUUCCGAGGUUUGUACGAGGUUGUUGUCGGCUUCACAGCGUGGUGAUGAGAAAAAGUGUUUGGAGUUUGUCGGAAAGAUUAAGGUUUGGUGGAGAGAGAGUGAGAGGAAUAAAAGGUGUAUAGUUGGAAAUGGAGCUUGUUCUGUUUUUGCAACGGUUUUUGAUUCUUUUUCAAGUGUUUCUAUUGAGAAACAUGUGGUUAUUUUGGAGGAGAUUUUGGAGAUUAUGAUGAUGAUAAAUAAAACCCAUUUUGGUGAAACAAAAUUGUGUUUUGGAAAUCAAGCUUCUUUACGUUGUUUGGUUUGGUUUCUAGAUGGUAAAGAUUUAGGUGCAAGACAAAAUUCUGUUUUUUUGCUUGAAGAAGUUUUGUGUGUUGAUGAGUUAGCAACAAUUGAAGGUGUUGUUGAAGGUUUAGUUAAGAUUAUUAAGGAACCAAUUGGGUUAAGUGCUACAAAAGCAUGUUUAUCAACAAUAUUCAACUUGGUUUCAUCGUGUAAAAACAGAGUUGAAAUUAGUGAGAAGUUAGUUGAAUUGGGUUUGGUUUCAUUUUUGCUUGAAACAAUUGUUGAUGGAGAAAGAGGGGUAAUUGAGAAAGCACUUGGUGUUUUGAAUUGUUUAUGUGAUUGCAAAAAAGGAAAAGAGGUUGUUAAAAUGAAUGCUUUAACUUUGCCUCUUGUGGUUAAGAAAAUUUUGAGGGUGUCACCUUUGGCUUCUAGUUUUGCUGUUGGUAUUGUUAGAAAAAUGUGUGAGAAGAAAGAAGAGGGGAUUUUGAUUGAGGCACUUCAACUUGGUGCUUUUCAGAAAUUGUUGGUUAUGUUGCAAGUUGGCUGUGAGGAAAAUACAAAGGAGAAUACUACUGAAUUGUUGAAAUUGUUGAAUGGUUAUAAAAGCAAAGCUGAGUGUGUUGAUUCUUCAUUGGAUUUCAAGUAUCUUAAGAACUAAGAAGCACUUCUGAAAAUUGAUUUAUGAGAAGGAGAUUCAUUGUAGAGGGUAGAUUCAUUGUAGAGACUCAAUUCUUUGAUGUACAAAGAUACACACAUUAAUAAAGUGCUUAGGAUUUUUUUGUUCAAACAUUUAUUUUCAUUCUUGGCUAAAA